AAAAAUAUCUUAAUGAAAUAAUAAUGCAUAAAAAACAAGGCGAGCUGUUUAGGGAACCGAAAAUAAUAAAAAAUGAUUGGGAUAAUUCUGAUGACCGGUGCGUCGGUGACCGCUAGCUUGCUGGUGGUGCAAGUGGCCGUGUUGCCUCUACUCUUCAAAUACAGCAAGUGUGUGCAGAGGAAGAUCGUCUUCUCCAAUUGUAUAAACUAUCCACGUAAUUUGGACUACGAGAACCCAUCGAGUUGCAACGUGGUUGGAGGAAGGAACUUCAGCAUCCAAUUCAACUCUAAAGCUGACUCGUGUCCAAUAAAAAUAGGUGUCUGGCACAUAGUGCCGUGCUGUCUGUUCCGGGAGGUGUUUGUCAUCAGGGACUACACUACCAUCGACCCAGCCCUGCACCAGGAGUUGAAUAAGACGAGAAACCCUGUGGUCUUGUACUGCCAUGGCAAUUCUAAUCACCGGGCGUCUCCUCAUCGGUUGCAGAUGUACAAGGUGUUCCAGCGACUCAAUUUUCACGUCAUCACCUUCGAUUAUAGGGGUUAUGGAGACUCAACACACGUGCGGCCAACGGAGCGUGGGGUGGUGGAAGACGCGUUGUGCGUCUACGCAUGGCUCAUAGACUCUUUGGAUCAUGAGAACAGGCCGCCCGUCAUUAUAUGGGGACAUUCCCUUGGUACAGCUGUAGCAGCCAAUCUCGUGGCCCACAUGGACAGUCUGUGCGCGGAGCAGCGCGUGUCGUGUCAGCCGCAGCCCGACGCGUUGGUACUGGAAGCACCGUUCAAUAACCUCACCGAGGAGAUUGAGAAGCAUCCAUUUUCCAAGUUGGUCUCCUGGCUGCCCUACUACAAGGAGACCUUCGUGAAGCCGUUCACAGCGUCAUCAGAGUACGCCUUCAACACCGACCAGUACCUCACAAUGGUUCCGAAGCUGCCCAUCCUGAUUCUACAUUCGAAGGGAGACAGGGUCGUGCCUUACGAAUUGUCUGUUAAGUUGCACGAAGCAGUUGCUCAGUCCCGGGCUGCCGACCCCGAGGCCGCUCCCCUGGUCUUCCACUCCUUCGAGAGAGGAACCGGCCUCGGACACAACAACCUGUGCGAAGCCCCGCAACUGGAUGACAUCAUCAGAAACUUUUUAACACAAAUCGGCGUGCCGCCAAGUACUUGAGAUAAGACAUAAAUUUUCUAAAAAUAUUGAUGUAUAAACCUUAUCAUAAACACAAAAAUAAAAAUGUUUGACUUCAG